GCCGCUCGUGGGGCCGCGCCUGCCCAUCUUCCGCGUCCGUCCAUCCGUCCGCCUCCCGGAGUCCACGCCAUGGUGCCCGGCUCGGUCCUACCGCGGCUGCUCGGCGCGGGUGUCCGGCGCCGGCCGCUCCAGCUGCACCUCGUCCAGACGGCGACCCCGGGCCCGGCGGGGCCGAGCGGCAGGACGCUGGGGAGCGCCGCGGCCUCCGCGGCCCGGGAGCCCGAGCGCAGCAGCGAUCUCAACGAGAGGAUCCUGAGCGAGCCCCUCAAGCACUUCGACUUCUUCAAUGUCAAGGAAUUGUUUUCUGUAAGAAGUCUCUUCGAUGCCCGGGUGCACCUGGGACACAAAGCUGGCUGUCGGCACAGGUUCAUGGAGCCGUACAUCUUCGGGAGCCGCUUGGACCAGGACAUCAUCGACCUGGAACAGACGGCGACGCACCUGCAGCUGGCCUUGAAUUUCACGGCCCACGUGGCCUAUCGCGGGGGCAUCAUCCUGUUUGUGAGCCGCAAGCGGCAGUUCUCACACCUGAUCGAGAACGUGGCCCGGGACUGCGGGGAAUACGCCCAUACCCGCUACUUCAAGGGCGGCCUGCUGACCAACGCGCCCCUCCUCCUGGGCCCCAUGGUCCGCCUGCCUGACCUCAUCAUCUUUCUGCACACGCUCAACAACGUGUUUGAGCCGCACAUAGCCGUGAGGGACGCGGCCAAGAUGAACAUCCCCACCGUGGGCAUCGUGGACACCAACUGCAACCCGUCGCUCAUCACGUACCCCGUCCCGGGCAACGACGACUCGCCCGUGGCCGUGCAGCUCUUCUGCAGGCUCUUCCGGACCUCCAUCCGCCGGGCCAAAGAGAAGCGCAAGCAGGUCGAGGCCCUGUACCGACUGCAGGGCCAAGAGAGCUCCAAAGGCCGCGGUCCAGCUGACCCUCCUUCCCCGGGAGUGCAGGCCGAGCUGGACUUGGGUCAUUCCCCUUGACCUGCCUGCUCUUCUCCCGAGUGAAACAGCAGCCAAGUCUGUUCCGAAGCUGGGAACCAACCCCCGUACCCACCCCCACCCCCGGCAUGGUCCUCAGCACCUUCCCAGUUGUUCCAGGCUUUGGGUCCCUGCCGCUAGGAACGCUUCUCAGCAGCUGCCUGCCCGGGGCUCCACUUCAGACCCGAGGGCCCAGCAGGCUCACUGGGCAAGUGGCCCGCCUGCAGAGGACCCGUCGGAAAACAUCCCGUCCCUGGAGUCUGAAGUCCUUGCUUCUAACUCGAGAUGAGUCCCUUGUAUGUUAGGAAGUUUCUCACCAGGUUGCCUUUUCUCAACCAAAAUACCCCUAGGUUGGGCUGCUUCCCUGCUGCCUGGUUUCAGGGGCUAUUUUAUAACGUGAGGUUGCAAGGUGAGCCACUAAGAAGAUCCCAUCCGGGUUGGGACAGGCUGGGCAAAGCAGACAGCAUGAUUUCAACAGGAAUAAAACUUAGAUUUGGGCAGAACGGGGACCUGGACCAUUGGUUUUGCAGUGUGGUCUGUGUGGUUGGUUUUCAUCGGCACCCACGGGGCCCCUGGAGCACAUGAGACACGUUCCUGCCUCCUGGGUCCUUGAGCUUCAGGGAGACAGGCAGGCAUGUGCACGUGGCUUUGGAUGGGACAGCACCGGCUGCCCCUCGACACCGUCUUCGGUGUUGAGGCUCGAGGCCCUCGUGUCCUGCCUGUGCCCUGAACAGGCACCCUCUCCAGGUGGUCGGGUAAGAUGGGACCCUGUUCACAGGAACUUUUUGAUGCCCCCUCAUUUGUGGGACCUUCCUUGGCAACACUUGUGUUGCUGGGAUGAGGUGUGGGUCCCUGCUUUCCAGGACCCCACCCCGUGGCUCCCGGUGUACCUGACCACCCCAGGACCCUGUCUGCUGCCGAGGGUCCAGGCAGCAGGGUCUGGUGGGGUCAGGACAGGAUGGCCUCAUGUGGAUGGAUGCGUGCCACUCCACGCCCUACAGUAGCACACGGGGGCAGGAAGACCAGUCGCACGGGCCCGCUCAGCGUCAUUCGGGGGGGCAUGCAAGGUGGAGGUCGCUGAUGUUUUCUGGAAGGGUUCACAGUUCGGAAGGUGCAAGGAGCUGAACCCCAGUUUGAAACCACCAACUGACAGGCAUUGCUUUAAUUUGUGAACAUGAAGUAUGGGCAUGCAAAUUCACAGGCAGGUAAAUUGAGGGGUCCCCCCAAGACUUUUCCCCCCACAAGGUACCUCCCUUGGUGUGUGUGGGUGAGAUUUCCCGAACUCCUCUGGAGAGAGCUGGCCGGGCCUGUCACUCGGCGCUGCAGGAAGGCCGGAGUGGGCAGCCAAGACCCUCGAGAUCAGUGCAGUGUGAGAAGGCUCACUGGCCGUGGACGGGAGCCCUGGAACGUGAACUGGGCCUCCUCAAGGCAGAGGGUCCACACCGCCCUUCAAAAGCAGGCCAUCUGGGGAGGGCAGCACUGGGCAGGGCGACGAGGGACACGCAAGGGGGCCCUGUUCUCUCACCCUUGACUCGGGCUGGGUGGAGGGGAGCAGCCCUGGAGGGCGGGCUCCCCGGAGCACCCCUACCCCAGCGCAUUCCCCAUGGUGGCCUGCCUGGCCCUGGCCAUCCUCUGUUCCCUGAGGAUCCCCCUGGAACCUGCACCAGACACAGGCCGGUGAAGACCAGCAGGGACAAUGAGAGUGUGUUUCGGUCACUGGCUGUGCUGCCGGUCCUGGGGACGCUGGGAGCAGGGCGGACGGGUGGCCACACUGCGCAGGUGACUCGGCGGACGAUCGGACACAGAUGAGCUGGGCGGUUUCAGGUACACGAGGACCUGGAGGGAGGCAUGGGCUGACGGGGCCCAGAGCCUGGAUGGGGGCAGCUCCAGCAAGAGCGGCCAGGGCCGGCCGUGGGGGGCGGGGCACUUCCAGAGGGGCUCAGGUAAAAGGAGGGGGGAGGCAGAGCAUGGGCUUCCACCCUAGUCGGGGGGGUCAGCCAGCCCCGAUAGACAUCACAGCAGGCACAGUAGAUGUGACAGCCUCGGGGUCUCCUCUAGAUAGAUGCAUCCUCCCUGCAGGAGGGGACCUCCAAGUUUGCCAACCUGGAGAUAAACACCAAGAGAGGCCAGAAGCCCUGAAGGCCUGGAGAGCGAGGGCCUGAGCCCUCCCCUCCUGCUGCUGUGGUGACGACUUGCCCACUAGACCUGACCUUUCCUGGGGUCUGGCAGGGUCGUGCCCUGAGUGGUUGGUGUCCCAGGGGCCUGGAAGAGCCAGGUUCAGGGGGGGAUUUGGGGCAGGGUGGGUGAGGGCAGGUGCACCACGCCACCCACUCGGGCCAGAACAGGCUCGCGGUGCGUGUGGGCGUGGAGGGGUCUCUAGAAUCAGGCCUGCAGAUGGCUGGGGCCAGACGCCACCUGGGCCACUCCCCAGGGUCCAGCCCAGGACUUUUGCCUCCAGUGGCCAGUCCCAACCCAAGGAGCUGGGUUCCUCCCUUCACCACCAGUGCUCUCCAGGCCUGGCCCUGGCCACGUGCAAAGCCAAUUCUUUAUAAACUGUUGCAUCUCAACAUACGAGCCUGAGUAUUCUCACACUGUUUUUUGAACUGUCUGUCCUUUGUCUGAAAAUUAGCCCGUGUAUGAAAAUGAGUCGGCCCUGAACCUGUAUGAGACCUGCAAGGUGCGCACCGUGAAGGCAGGCACGCUGGAGAAGCUGGUGGAGCAUCUGGUGCCCGCCUUCCAGGGCAGCGACCUCUCCUAUGUCACCAUCUUCCUGUGCACCUACCGAGCCUUCACCACCACCCAGCGGGUCCUGGACCUGCUGUUCCAAAGGUACGGUAGAUGUGACACCCUCACGGCCUCCUCUAGAUACGGGUGCAUCCUGCCUUAUUCCAGCGUGGACGGCGGACCUCAGGACCAACUGAAAAAUGCCGUCUCCUCCAUCCUGGGCACCUGGCUGGACCAGUACUCCGAGGACUUCUGUCAGCCCCCGGACUUCCCCUGCCUCAAGCAGCUGGUGGCCUACGUGCAGCUCAACAUGCCCGGCUCCGACCUGGAGUGCCGGGCCCGCCUCCUCCUGGCCCAGCUGGAGCACACGGAGCUCACCAAGGCAGAGCCGGAGGGCACGUUUGGAAGGCAGGCAUGUUGACCUCCUCCUGCACCUUCACUGCCAUCUCAGGAUCUAGAACUGGCUCCAGCACCAGCCCCUGUACAAUCUGAAGACCUAGAUCCAGCUGCAGAAGCAGCAACAGAACUAAAGCCAGAUCCAGAGCUGGAGGCGUUUCCAUCAGUGGCUGGAGGGACACCUCGAGCGGCGGCACCAGAGCAGGAGCCAACAUCACAAUCAGUUGCAUCAGCACCUCUGCAUCCAGGGCCCGUGGCUGCACCUGCUCUGGAGGAGACCCAGAGCCAGCUCAGGACCCACUACCCCUGCGGGGAGAACCAGCUCGGGCACCAUGCUCAGUGUCAGCUCCUGACCCACUUCUACCCGCUUCCCCCCACCCCCGAACUCUCCUUCCCCACCCCUGUUACUGUUUCUGAUUUGGUUUUUAAUUUUAUUUUUUCAUUUCACAUUAUUUAUGGUGUCUUUUACGUCUUCACAGAACCAAGUUUAAUUUUUUAAAUUUUAAAUUGUGCGUUUCAGGAGCAUCAAGUAUAUUCACAGUUCUGUGCAACCUUCCCCAGGGUCUCGGGCCGACUGUUUCACUCCCCAGAAGGAACCCCUGAGCCAAAGCGUUCAAUCCCCAUUCCUCUCUCCCCCAGCCCCUGACAACCUGUAAUCUGCUUUCUGUCUCUGUGUCUUUACCUGUUCUAGAUGUUUCCUAUAAAUGGAAUUAUACAAGGUGGCUUUCUGUGUAGGCCACAUAUUUUAAGAGGGGAGUAGUUAAUUUUUGUUUUCUUUUUGUACUUGAAAUAGCAUUUUUGUUAUAUGAAAGGGAAAUGCCAGAUGGAUUAAAGAUGAGAGGUACAACUUGAA